GGUGUGUGCACGCACGGGCGUAAUUAAGGAGUGAGAAGUUUGUCCACAGGUGGUCCUCAUCAUACAGCAGAUAUGGGACUAAUCUUUCCCCCAAGGUGGAUAUUCCAAUGCUGGAUGGCGUGCGUCCUUGUCGUCUUUUACACACAGAACGCUGCCUGCAAGUCCGUUUCAUGUGGCGACAAGCAAUAUUUAAAAGGCUCAAGAUGCUGCGACAAGUGCAAACCAGGCUUCCGCGUGUUUGCAGACUGCAAUGAAUCUCAUCAGACCAAGUGUGUUAAAUGUGCUCACGGGGAGUACCAGCCCUACUGGACCCAAGAGACGCGCUGCCUCCAGCAGAGAAUAUGUGAUGCAGGUAAAGGUUUCAUGUCCAGGCUGGAGAAUCUGGAGGCGGAGGAGCCUUGUCGUUGUUUCCCCAACUUCCAGUGCCAUCCCAUCAACUGUGAGUUCUGUGAAAGGAUUCCCACAUGCCGACCCGGGUACGGACUGGAGGUGGAGCCAGAGUCCACCAAUGGGAGGAAGAUUUGUGUUGCGUGUAAGAAGGGAUUCUUCUCUGCUGACAACACCACCAAACAAUGCAAACCAUGGACCAACUGCAAGGCGGAGGGCAGGAGUGAGACGCGAGCGGGCAGCGCUCAGACCGACGCGGUGUGUGGACCACCUGUCUCCAGCGCUCCCCCCUCCUGGGUGGUGGUGUCAGUGCUGUCGGCCAUAACCAUCCUCUGCCUCCUCAUCCUCCUCCUCUUCUGCUACAAGGACAAACUCAAGUUACUCUCAGUUAAUCUGCGAUCCUGCGUUCAGAAUCUGAAAAGGACGAGGAUUCAGCAGGAGACAUUGGCCCCUCUUUACCAGAGUGGAGCAGCAGGAGGUCUGAAAUACGUCCCGUGUGAGACCACCAAACUCUUCUGCCAAGCCCCCGACAUGAGUGACGCCGAUGAGCCCCCCUCCACUCCCUGUGCCACCGUCUCACUCCCUCACACGCAGGAAGUGAGCAGAAAAGAAGGCCUGCAACGGGAGGCAGCCACGGAGGAGCCCAGCGGAGGGUCUGGGGGUCCAGAGGAGGUGUCUGAAGAGGAAGAACUCACCAGCGUGUCUCCGCUAUCAGCUGGUUCUUGCGUGUGUAGCGUUCCGGUCCGGGAGCCUCUGGAAGUAGGAGAGAAUGAGGAUUGUAGCCAAGCUGUCAGCCCCGGGACCUCUGGUGUUUGCUCCUGUGGGGGUCCACACGCAGAAGGGCGGCGAGAGGAAGAGGGGAGCGAACCAAGUGUCGCCUCUCUCGUCUCCUUUUCACCUCCUCUCCUCCGCUCUUCCUCAGUGACUCCUCCGUCCAGCUUGCUUCCCGAGCUCUGCCUGCCUCUGGGCAAGGCACGGGCAAGGCCAGAUGUCAAGGGUCCCCUUAAAGACCUGGCCCCCAUCAAGCAGAAGGGAUAUCACAGACUGGCAAGCACAGACUCCUCCUCAGAGAACAGCGGACCCUCCUUGGUGACAUCAGUUAGCCCUUUAAAGACCUCCUCGUCUAUUGGGGAGCUCUACUCGGAGGAACGAGGCCAGGGGGGAGUCUGGGGCGACAGCAGAGGAAACACACUCCAGUCUGGGGACACCGAGCUUGAGUGCCCCCCUCCUGGAAGCUUACAGAGUCAGCUUGCAGAACCAACUCUUACCUCAGGUCAGGUAUCGGGAAACAACAACACCACCUUCAUCUCCAGCGGUCAGGUGGUGAACUUCAGCGGCGACGUCAUCGUCGUCUACGUGGGCCAGACGUCUCUCGGCGACGGCGACGACGCGGCGUCGGACGACGACUUCGGGCGUCCUGUGCAAGAACAAGCCAGCGAGACGUCGCCGUUUUUCCAGAGUGGCGGACGCCUGAGGUCAGAGGGGGACGCUGGUACCCAGAAACCCUCGCAGGACGACAAAACCGCAGGCACGAAUACUCACCGAAUAGUCGGGAAUGAUGGGUGAUAACUUUUUUAUGAUUGAAUGGGGUCCAUUAAAAUGGAUUGAUUGACCCUACAAGACGGAAUUGUUAUAAAAUGAUAUUUUUAUGGUGGGACAUUUCAUCUACUAGCUACAUUACAAAUUGGAUGGGAAUUGGUUUGAAAAGAGCAAUAAUUGGUGUUUCUCAGAGGAGCUUUCUUACAGGGAAAACUUCAUAUACAUAUAUAUAUAUAUAUAUAUUAUACAUAUAUAUAUAUAUUAUACAUAUAUAUAUAUAUAUUAUACAUAUAUAUAUAUAUAUAUAUAUAUAUAUUAUACAAUAUAUAUAUAUAUAUACAUAUAUAUAUUAUACAAUAUAUAUAUAUACUGUAUAAAAUAAAGAGACGCAUCCAUUUUUGGUAGGAAGCUUGUUUGAAGCCUUCUGUUCGUAUUGCACCAAAUGUGCAGUUUCUUAUGGAAAAAAUGCUAUGCAUUUGAUAAGCUAAUUUUUUUUCUUUUGUACAUAUAUAUAUAUUUCAGUAUGUUUUCACAUGCAAGCUUUAAUGAAGAUAAGAAGCUGUUUAUAAUGAUUACUUGGAAACUAAUUGUAUAUAUACGUUACCGUGUUGACCUGAAUAUAAGAUUCCUUUUAUUUUUUUUUUACUCGAAAUUGGUUUUUGAGAAAAAAAAAUACGACACAGAAUUGGAGCCACAUUGGGAAAAAAAUCAACAAUGUGAUUCGUACAUUCACGGGAAGAUUUACGAGAAAAAAAAGUUGUAGUAUUAUGAGAAUGAUGUGGUAAAUUCACGGGAAAGAAAGUCGUACAUUUAGGAGAAUAAAGUCGUAAAUUUACGAGGAAAAAAGUUGUAAUAUUACGAGAAUAAAGUCGUAAAUUUACGAAUAAAGUUGUAGUAUUACGUGUCAUCGUGUACGUUUACUUCCUUCCUGAAGAGCUGUACGACUUUUUUUCUCGUACAUUUACGACUUUCUCGUAAUAUUACAACUUUUCUCUUGUAAAUUUCCGACUUUCUUCUCGUAAUAUUAUACGACUUUUUUGUCUCGUAAAUUUACAACUUUUUUUAUGACACUAAAUUUAAGAGAAUAAAGUUGUACAUUUACGAGAAAAAGGUUGUACAUGUACGUGAAAAAAGUGGUAAUAUUACAUGUCAGAGGGAAAAUAGAGCAUACGUAGGAAGGAAACUUUCACGAUGACACUUUAUUCUCGAUUACAACUUUAUUCUCGUAAAUUUACGACUUUAUUCUCGUAAUAUUACUUUUUUUCCUCAUAAAUUUGCAACUUUUUCACUAGACUAAAUUUACGAGAAUAAAGGUGCAACAUUACGUGUCAGAAAGAAAAUAGAGCAUAGCUUUUCAGGAAGGAAGGAAACGUUCACGAUGACACGUAAUAUUGCAAGUUUAUUCUUGUAAAUUUAUUCUUUAUUCUAAUAAAUCAUUUUUCUCGCAAAUUUACGACUUUUUUACAAAAAAAGUAAAGGGGGGGAGCGAGCCGUGUGUCAAAAAUAGACAUUUUUAGGGCUGUAUCAAUUUUUUGCCAUUUGCUGGUGAUGAACUUUGAGGAACUUUAUUUUUCCAGUGGGUCUCUAUGUUGCCAGGUUACUAAUGUGUGUGAGUGACAGGAAGAAAACCUCCACUGUCUCGGGAGAAGUUGCUGCUACCUGUCGUACAUUUUUUUGUAAAUCUCUUGACCCUGAAAAAAAAUAGGUAAUAUAGGCGAAAAAGUGCAUUAUUACAAUGAACUUUGCUAUUUGCUCUUUUUCCCCCCAUUUAUGCUGUUUGUUAUUUUUAUUUCCAAAUAUUUCUUAAGCGUCUUAAGUAAUUUUGUAAUUUUUUUCUCACAAUAUUAUGACUUUAUUCCCAUAAUAUUAUACGAACUGUACAAUAUAUUUUAUACUUUUCCCCCAACUUAUUUUUACACACAUUACAACUUUAUUUUGUUUUGUGUGACUUUAAUAAAAACAUUUUUUCUUUAAUAUUUCUGCUAUUAAAAUGAUAUUAUUUUUCCUCAUAAUAUUACAACUUUAUUCUCGUAAAAAGAUGACUUUUUCUGUAAAAUUUAGGCAUUUUCUCAUUCGGUUACAACUUCUUUCUCUUAAGAUUUUGACUUUAUUCUCAUAAAAUUGUGACUUUUUCUCGUUGGAUUACGACUUUUUUGUUAAUAUAUAUUUUGACUCUAUUCUCUUAAAAUUACAUCUUUUUUUUCUUUUGCAAUUUCUGCUGUUUUAUUACAAUUUUCCCAACUUUUUCAUCUUUUUUCUUUUUGUAAUAUUUUGACUUUAUUCUCAUAAUGUUUUAAGUUUUUCCCCAACCUAAUUUUCCAGAAAUUACAUUAUUUUGUUUUGUUGUUUCUCAUUUUACGACUUAAAAAAAAUGUACGUCAUUUUUCUUUAAUAUUUCAACAUUAUGCUACUAAAAUGACGUUAUUUUUCCUCAUAAUAUUAUGACUUUAUUCUCUUAAAAUUCCAACUUUUUCUCCUUAGAUUACACCUUUUUUCUCUUAAUAUUUUGACUUUAUUCUUAUAAAAUUACUCUUUAUUUGUAAGUUUAUUCUUGUAAAAUUGGGCCUUUUUUUCUCAUUAGAAUACAACUUUUUUUAAGUAUACAUUUUGACUUUAUUCUGGUAAAAUUAUUUUUUGUUGCAAUUUCUGCUGUUUUAUUUAAAUUUUCCAACUAUUUCAACUUUCUUCUAGUAAAUUUUCUUUUUGUAAUAUUAUGACUUUAUUCCCAUACUAUUUUGACUUUUUCCAACCUAAUUUUCCAGAAAUUACAUACUUUAAAAAAUGUACGUAAUUUAAUUUCCUUAUAAUAUUACGAUUUUAUUCUAUAAAAUUCAGACUUUUUCUCGUUAGAUUCCAACUUUUUUCUCUUAAUAGUUUGACUUUAUUCUUGUAAAAUUACAGCUGUUUUUUUUUUCACUUUCUGCUGUUUUAUUAAAAUUUUCCCAACUUUUUCAACUUUCUUCUUGUAAAUUUUCUUUUUGUAAUAUUACGACUUUGUUCCCAUAACAUGAUACCUUUUUGCCAACCUAAUUUUCCGGAAAUUACAUUAUUUUGUUAUAUUACAACUUUAAAACAUUUACGUCCUUUUUCUUUAAUAUUUCAACACUAUGCUGCUAAAAUGAUGUUAUUUUCCUUUAUAAUAUUACGACUUUAUUCUCGUAAAAUUCUGACUUUUUCCGCAUCAAAUUCAGACUUUUUCUCUCGUUAGAUUACAACUUUUUUGUCUUAAUAUUUUGACUUUAUUCUUGUAAAAUUCCAGCUGUUUUUUUGUUGGUUUUUUUUUGCAAUUUCUGCUGUUUUUCAACUUUCUUCUUGUAAAUGUUCUUUUUGUAAUAUUACCACUUUAUUCCCAUAACAUUUAAACUUUUUGCCAACCUAAUUUUCCAGAAAUUACAUUAUUUUGUUUUGUUUGUUUCUCAUAUUAUGACUUUUAGAAAUGUCUUUUUUCUUUACUAACAUUUUUCCUCAUAAUAUUAUGACUUUUUCUCAUUAGAUUACACCUUUUUUUCUCUUAAUAUUUUUACUUUAUUCUUGCCAAAUUACUGCUGAUUUUUUCUAUUUUUGCUGCUGUUGGAUUUUUUUUGUUUUCUUGUUAAAUGAUAUUUUUUGAGUGUGCCGUGGGCCGCACUUUGGUCACCCCUCGUCUAAAAAAAUGUUUAAAAAAAAAACAACAGGUGGCAUCAACUUCUCCCUAAACGAGUUAGCUGAGCUUUUCUUCCUGUCACACACAAACACACACACACUAGUGACUCAAUGUUGUUUUAUUAUUUCUACUUGUCUUCUAUUCGGGUCAAUGCGGUCAUUGAUCAUUUUUAUGCCAAAAAGCAUACUGUAUAUGUGACCGUCAUAAUAAUAAUAAUAAUAGCAAUGGAUGACGAAAUGAACAUUUUUGACUGAAAUUAAAA